AUUUAUUAAUGAUCAUUAAUAAUUAGAAUUCAUUAAUUAAUAUUAAUAUUUAAUUAACAUUAAAGGAUGGUUUUAGAGUAUAAAGAAAAGAAUGUUAGUCAAUGUGCCUUGUACCACUUACCAUAAACAUUAAUUAGGCUAUAGCAAAAUUGUAUAUACCUUUAGAAUUCCUCCCCUUCCAUUAGGUAUAAUGCUGAUUUUCCCCCCUCAAAUUUAAUCAACAUACAGGAGUAAAUUUGAACAUAUGAGAUACAUUGUGAAUGGAAAUAUUAUUCUUGUGUAUCUUGGGGUCUAACACUAAGAUAAAAAGAAUUUUUAAGGGGCGUAUCAAUUAAUGUCAAAAGACUGAUCAAGAAAACUAAUUUUUCUAAAUAAAAUUAACACACCACUGUACUUUGAAAUUAUUUAUAUUUUGUUGCCCAUGCACUUAAAUUUUUUUUUAAUUUUUUUCAAGUAAAGAUCGAAUAUUUUCUUGUUCAAGAAGCUUGUUGAUAGCUUUUAAUCUUCUCUGUGAAAAAAUGAUGCAAAGAAGAGUCCAGAACCUCGAUUUAUUUUCUUGUCAAAUAGACAAAGGGGACAACGAACUGGGGCUUUGUACUUGUAUCUUCUUUGAUCCAGCAGAUGAGGAUGGAAAGGAACCAGGGGUUUUUAUAACUGAAAUUAUUGAAGGAGGUGCAGUUCACAAACUUGGAUGUAUCCGUGUAUUUGACCAGAUUAUUAAAAUAGGUGACAUCAAUCUAAUUGGAUUGGAUGAAGCAGAAAUCAUCUCUACUUUUAAAAAAAUGGACGAUUCUCCUUUCCAGUAAGUAAAUUUUCCCACAUUUCUUUAAGAUGCAGAGAUUGCUAGAUCAUUGUUUUUGAUUUGGAAAUUUCUUUAGCAAUGUGUUCAAACAGAAAAAUUGGGGAGAAAGAUAGCCUAAUUAACAUGUUUAAAUAAUUUCUCUUUUUGUCUUCUUUUGCUAGGAAAUGACCCUCUUUUUUUUUUCUGUUCAGCAGUUCACAAGACAUUUUAGGACCCAUUUGCACCUUCCUUUCUGAGUACUCUAUCACAUCUCAAGCAAACCCUUGAUUUUCGUUUGCAUUUAUUUUUAGUUAAUGAAUUUUUAUUUUCUUGGCAAAUAAUGCUCCUUGAACCUGAAGAGGUUUUUUUGUUUUGUUUUGUUUUGUUUUGUUUUGUUUUUGUAAGAAUGAAAGCUUUUAGCUGAAUUUCCCCAUUCUGCUCUUUGCAUGGCUAUGUCUUAAUCCAAAGUACAUAAAUUAAAUGUGCAUAUUUUGUACCUAGGAUUGAAAUUGGCCGCGAACCACCUGAAGUCAAGUCAGAACUUAUCGAACUCCUCGAGUUGUCAGAGGAAAGGAAGAAAUAUUUUAUGGAUUCGCUCAUAGUACAGGAAAAAAUUAGAGAUAUCACUAUUGUGAGAGGACAAGCAAGUAUUUGUAGAAGUCCAAGAGUACCAUGGUACUGGAUGGCCAGUGACCUGAAAUUUGUUAUUGGGGCACUGAAAAUAUUAAUAGAAGAAGAUCAGGGAUGUAGAAAAAACAUCCAAGCUAUCUUUGAGCAGGCUAACAUUUUUCAAGACAAAUAUAAAGACAUGAACACAUACAAAGUGAAUAUGGAACAGAAACCUGAUGAAUCAAAUAAAGAAGGCACAUUUUUACCAUUGGCCCCAGAAGAAGAAUUAUUACUAGAACAAUUUAAAAUAAAACCUAAAGAGAUAAAAAAUGAAGAUUUAUCACCAGGGCAAUUAUUAGCCCAAGGGGAUUUCAAUUCAGGUGAGAAAAAUGAGGCCCGGAGAAGAUAUUCAGAUAGUUACCUUCCCAGCGGUGACUUCAUGGCUUCUGGCUCUAAAAUCAAGGCCAAAGAGACCCAAAUAAAAAAAGAAAAAGAAGAAGAAGAAAUAGUAGUGGAGGAAGAGAUUAUUAGCACUGGAAAACCUACAGAGGGAAAGCCUAAAAAGAGAUUUUCCUGGUUCCAGUAAGAGAUGUACUUUUUA